AUGAAAGCUACAAACUCACUACUUCGCAUUUCCUGGUUGAUAUUAUUGAGUAAUGUCGUUCAGGCUACCAAUGAUCCUCUUGUCUACCGUGAAAUUACCGGCUUUGUACCUGCAGCUUCAGCAAAUGUCACCACUUUAAUGGAAUUCAUUGCUGGUCGACCUGACCUUAGCACCUUGGCUAAAAACAUCGGGGAAGUGGGAGGCUUUUUAGAAGCUUUCAACACGACUCCUAACUGGUCAUUUACCUUCUUUGCACCCAACAACGACGCAUUUAUGAGCCAUACAGGAGAGUAUUUCAACACAUUUCAAGCAACUCCAAAAGGCAAAUGGCAGCUGGGCAACACUAUAUUGCAUCAUUAUGUGCCAAAUACUAAGCUUGCCUCUACUGUGUUUAACAGCACCUAUCAAAGAAUUCAGACUGCUACCUAUCUAUAUGUCGGCACACAGGCCGAGAAUGGAACUGUUGUGCUAAAUCAAGUUGCCAAUAUCGUGGAAAAGGACAUAUCGGUUACAAAUGGUGUUGUUCACAUCAUAGAUCGAAUUUUGGAUCCCUCGGCACAAAUAUUCGAAGCUGAGCUUCCUAAAAUCUCCCAGGCCUUCAUUCCUGGAAGUUGCUCAAACGCGGCUCUUGCAUACUGCUAA